AUGGAGGGUCCCCUAGAAAGGGAGGCGCCCGCGGCGGCGUUGGCCGCCGUGUUGAAGCACAGCUCGGCUCUGCCGUCCGAGAGCGCCCAGGUCCGGGGCUACGACUUCAACCGCGGCGUGGACUACCGCGCACUGCUGGAGGCCUUUGGCACCACUGGUUUCCAGGCUACCAACUUCGGGCGCGCGGUGCAGCAAGUCAACGCUAUGAUAGAGAAGAAACUGGAGCCGCUGUCGCAGGAUGAAGACCAGCAUGCAGACCUGACCCAGAGCUGCCGCCCACUCAGCGGCUGCACCAUUUUUCUGGGCUACACAUCGAACCUCAUCAGUUCAGGCAUCCGGGAGACCAUCCGUUACCUCGUGCAGCACAACAUGGUGGACGUCUUGGUGACCACGGCUGGGGGUGUGGAGGAGGAUCUCAUCAAGUGCCUGGCACCUACAUACCUGGGCGAGUUCAGCCUCAAGGGGAAGGAGCUACGUGAGAAUGGGAUCAACAGGAUUGGAAACCUGCUGGUGCCCAAUGACAAUUACUGCAAGUUUGAGGACUGGCUGAUGCCCAUUCUGGACCAGAUGGUGCUGGAGCAGAACACGGAGGGCGUGAAGUGGACACCUUCCAAGAUGAUCGCUCGGCUUGGCAAGGAGAUAAACAACCCAGAGUCAGUGUAUUACUGGGCCCAGAAGAACCACAUCCCUGUGUUAAGCCCAGCACUCACAGAUGGCUCGCUGGGUGACAUGAUCUUCUUCCAUUCCUAUAAGAACCCAGGCUUGGUCCUGGAUAUUGUUGAAGACCUGAGGCUCAUCAACACACAGGCCAUCUUCGCCAAGCGCUCUGGGAUGAUCAUUCUGGGCGGUGGCAUGGUCAAGCACCACAUCGCCAAUGCCAACCUCAUGCGGAACGGGGCUGACUAUGCCGUCUACAUCAACACGGCCCAGGAGUUUGAUGGCUCUGACUCCGGCGCCCGGCCAGACGAAGCUGUCUCUUGGGGCAAGAUCCGGGUGGACGCACAGCCUGUCAAGGUCUAUGCAGAUGCCUCCCUGGUCUUCCCGCUGCUUGUGGCUGAAACCUUUGCCCAGAAGGUGGAUGCCUUCACGCCUGAGAAGAACGAGGACUGAACACUGGAUGGCUUCAGCCUCGCUCCCUCCUCUAUUUAUAAGUGUGCAGACCCAGCCUCUCCCCACUCCUUGGUCAGCAGGAAGUCUAGAAUAAAGGGUUUCAGUGGUCCUUCUCA